AUUGAUUCAUUCACCCUUUGAUCUUUCCUUCAUUUUAGUGACGGUCUACUUGGCCUGCCUACCCUUCUUUGGUCAUCUCACCCUCCCUUCUGCAUUCUCUCCAGAAUCUAACUUCUGGAAGUUGCAAAACUCUCCUUCUGACAGGGUCGUGUGACGGAUAAUCAUUCAUCACCCGAUCUGUGUUUUUCUUCAGCACUGGUUGCUGAACUGUCUUACUGCUUGACUGCCAGUCAGCCAGCUAUAUUACUGUCCUACCCCACAUCUUCAUUGUCUCUGCUGGUUCAGUGACAUUCGUAUACGCCUCAACAAUGGCUGUCCUCAACAGCUUUGUCAUGCUUUUUGCCGCCCAUGUGCUUCUGCUCCUCGGCCUGCCCGCCGGCUUGGUCUCUGCAGUCCCCUUGAAGGGGGGCUUGGAGGCCCGCGGGGAGCUGAAGGCUCGCGCCUCGAGCUAUUGGAUGGCUGAUAUUCAACGUCAGGGCGCUGUGCCCUUUGGUAGUAGUUCCAGUUACCAGAUCUUCCGCAACGUCAAGGACUUUGGUGCUACUGGUGACGGUUCCACGGAUGAUACCGCCGCUAUCAACAACGCCAUCUCCUCUGGUAACCGUUGUGGUCAGGGCUGCGAUUCGUCGACCACGACCCCAGCGCUGGUGUACUUCCCUCCCGGCACGUACGUUGUCUCGAAGCCCAUCAUCCAGUACUAUUACACCCAAUUGGUCGGCGAUGCCAACCAGCUCCCAAUCCUCAAGGCGUCUGCUGGUUUCACCGGUAUGGCCGUCGUCGAUGCGGACCCGUACACCAGCACGGGGGCCAAUUGGUACACCAACCAAAACAACUUCUUUCGCGGCAUCCGCAACUUUGUCAUCGACCUCACUGCUAUGCCCCAGUCCGCCGGUGCCGGUAUCCACUGGCAAGUCGGCCAAGCGACCAGCCUCCAGAACAUCCGCUUCGAGAUGAUCAAGGGCGGCGGCAGUGCCAACAAGCAGCAGGGUAUUUUCAUGGAUAACGGUUCCGGUGGUUUCAUGUCCGAUCUGACCUUCAAUGGUGGCAAUUAUGGCGCUUUCUUGGGUAACCAACAGUUUACGACACGCAACCUAACCUUCAAUAACUGCAACACUGCCAUCUACAUGAACUGGAACUGGGCUUGGACCUUCAAAUCCGUCACCAUCAACAACUGUGGUGUAGGUCUCAACAUGUCUGCAUCUCCCUCGAACCAGAGUGUUGGCUCCGUCUUGAUGUUGGACAGCAAGUUCUCUAAUACUCCUAUUGGUAUCGUGACGGCUUUCAGCGCCGACAGUAUUCCAGUUGGCGGUGGCGCUCUCGUCUUGGACAAUGUUGACUUCACGGGCUCCAACGUCGCUGUGGCCAGUGUCUCUGGUAGCACCAUUUUGGCGGGUGGCUCUGUGAUCGACAACUAUGUGCAGGGUAACGCGUACACUCCCUCCAGUACUCUUAAGAAGCGCUCUCCUGCCGUCGAGGUAGUCGUUGAAACCAUCACCGAGACUAUUGAGGUUUGUGCUGCGGAUUACACCACCGCUCCUGUGCCCUCCGCUCUCCACACGGCUGCUACCGAAGCUGCCGUCAACAGCGCCAAGGCCACUGCUGCAACCGAGCGUCAUCCCCAUACCGGCUACUCAUGGGGUACUUCAGAGAGCAGCGCCACCGACCAGACCUGGGCUUCCGCUUCGGAGACCUCCCCGGCACAGCCCACUACCUAUGAGUCCGGAUCUGACGACGAGGAGACUGCUCCUACUAGUGCAUCUUCUGACUCUGAAUCUGAGCAGGCCUCUCCUUCCGGUGGCUCGUCUGGUGCUGGUGCACAACAAUCCUCUGCCGCUGGCGGGGAUUCCGGCAGCUCCACCUAUGCCCAAGGCUCCUCAGUUGCUGCGUCUUGGUCUUCCGCCGCUACCUCGGCUCAUGCUUCUGGCUCUUCCGGAUCGGGUACCUGUUCUUACAAGACUGUCACUAAGACCCGGCUCGAGACAACGGUGGCAUCUCCUGCGAAGCCCAGCGCUCUGUUGAAGAGCGAUGGCUCUCUCUUUGAGAAGUCUAAGCCCUUGUAUGAGAGCUACUCUGCUUCGUCCUUUGUUAGUGUCAAAUCUGCUGGCGCAAAGGGUGAUGGAUCCUCCGACGAUACCGCUGCAAUCCAGAAGGUCCUCAAUGCCGCCACCGAUGGCCAGAUUGUCUACUUCGACCACGGAGCCUACGUCAUCACCGACACUAUCAAGGUUCCUAAGAACAUCAAGAUUACUGGUGAGAUCUGGCCCGUGCUGAUGGCGUAUGGUGACAAGUUCUCCGAUGCGGAGAACCCCAUCCCCAUGCUCCAGGUCGGCGAAGUUGGCGAAAGCGGCUCCGUUGAGAUUAGCGAUUUGAUAGUCGAGACCAAGGGGCCCGCUCCAGGUGCCAUUCUUAUCCAGUGGAACCUUAACGCGGAGUCACAGGGCUCUGCUGGUAUGUGGGAUGUCCACGCACGGAUUGGUGGAUCCGCUGGUAGCAAGCUUCAGAGCGAUACCUGCUCUAAGACCCCCAACCAGACUACCACUGCCAACUCGAACUGCGUGGGUGCCUUCCUCCUCUUCCACGCCACUGAGAGAUCCAGCGUCUACCUCGAGAACACCUGGUUCUGGACUGCCGAUCACGAGCUCGACCUCGCAGACCACAACCAGAUCAACAUCUACAAUGGUCGUGGUGUUCUUCUCGAGACUCAGGAGUCUGCCUGGCUGUAUGGUACCGCCUCCGAGCACAACCAGCUUUACAACUACCAAGUCGCCAACGCCAAGAAUGUCUUCAUGGGACUCAUCCAGACGGAGACGCCUUAUUACCAGGCCAACCCCAACGCUCUCACCCCAUUCACUCCUAACACCACGUGGAAUGACCCGGAUUUCUCCUACUGUACCACGGACUCAUGCCGCAAGGCCUGGGGUCUUCGUGUCCUCAGCAGUUCGGAGACUUAUGUCUACGGAGCGGGUCUGUACAGCUUCUUUGACAACUACUCGCAGACCUGUCUCGACACGGAGUCCUGCCAGGAGAACAUAGUGGAGGUGGACUGCUCGGACGUGCACAUCUAUGGUCUCAGCACCAAGGCCAGCACGAACAUGAUUACCUCGGCGAGUGGAGAGUCGUUGGUGCCUCAGGAGGGUAACGAGAGCAAUUUCUGCUCCACCAUUGCGUUGUUCGAGUUCUCAUCUACAUAAACGUCCUGUCUUUUAGUUUGUCUAGUGGU